AUGAGUGCAUCAACGCCCACAGCACAACAAACGGCACCCGGUGUCGGUGGACCGCCAGUACCUCCGGUGAAGCCGGUACUUUCCUCACCCGGUGCGUACAUGGCCAACUUCCAGUCCGGUACGGCCGGAUCGACGGUGGCACCGCCAAUAACUGCCGGUAUUCACGGUACGAACAAGACGCAUGAGAAACCGACGAUCGCCGCACGGCCAAUACCACCUCCGAAGCUGCCAAACUACUCAUCAUCGUUUAACAAGAUCGAUCGCGAUCGUAACGAGUUCACCAAGAUCGACAAAGCGGAACGGGAAAAGGUUAGCCUGUUGGCAACCAAGCGCGAAAUGUUCUUCAAGUCUGAGAGCAACAGUCCGUCCGGACCGCCACCAAAUCCACCGGUAGGACUGAAUAGUCUGAACCUGGCUAACAAUAACGUGAUCCAUAAUAACAGCGCAAACGCGUCCACCGACAAACACAGCACUGCAGGGCUCACUAACUCGACCGCCGGUGGCGUUACUAACAACAGCUCACCGGCCACCGUCUCGAUUGGGGCAAUGGUCACCAAUAACAAUCAUAACGGUCUAAAUGGAGCCGUGACCACGAACGGGAGCAGCAUGGCCGGUAACAAUAAUCUCACCGGUGCAAGUGGCGGUGUGAACGGGUUGACCACGAGCAUGAACAGUGUUUCGUUGAAGGAGAAAAGGGACGCACUGUUAAACCACCACGAUAGCGGUGCGAACGGGCACCAUCAUCAUCAUCUUGCGGAUGCGGGGAACGCCAAGUUAGCAAACGAACGGCACGAAAAGGAGAAGCCGGUGGUGAAAUCAAAACCGAAAGAGCUGGACGGAUACGUUGGGUUCGCGAACCUGCCCAAUCAGGUGUACCGGAAGGCGGUGAAAAAAGGAUUCGAGCUGACGCUGAUGGUGGUAGGCGAAUCUGGCCUGGGCAAAUCGACACUCAUCAAUUCGAUGUUUCUAUCGGACAUUUACCAUGCCGAGCAGCACCCCGGCCCAUCAAAGCGCAUAAAAAAGACGGUGGCCGUCGAGAGUACGAAGGUGCUGUUGAAGGAGAAUGGUGUAAACUUAACUUUAACGGUUGUCGAUACGCCUGGAUUUGGUGAUGCCGUGGACAACAGUAACUGCUGGCUACCGAUUGUAGACUUUGUCGAAUCGAAGUAUGAAGAGUAUUUGACGGCAGAGUCGCGCGUUCACCGAACGGCACUGCCAGAUUCGCGUGUGCACGUCUGUCUGUACUUCAUCGCCCCAUCUGGGCACGGUUUGAAGCCACUGGAUAUCGAGUUCAUGCAACGACUUUGCGAUAAGGUUAACAUCAUACCGGUCAUUGCCAAAGCGGACACACUCACACCGGAGGAAAUUACUCUGUUCAAGAAACAGAUUCUGAAUGAAAUCGCUCAACACAAGAUUAAGAUUUACGAUUUCCCGGACCCAAUGGAUGAAGAAGAAGAUGCAAAAGUGCUUAGACAGCUUCGUAGCCGUGUGCCGUUUGCGGUCGUCGGUGCAAAUGCGAUUAUUGAAAUCGAUGGUCGCAAGGUUCGCGGUCGACGCUAUCCGUGGGGAGUUGCUGAAGUUGAAAACUUGGACCAUUGUGAUUUCAUCGCCCUGCGCAACAUGGUUAUUCGGACAAACCUGCAGGACCUGAAGGAUGUGACAAACAAUGUGCACUACGAAAACUACCGCUGUCGAAAGCUGGCUGGUUUGGGUACCGAUGGCAAAGCCAAGCUGAGCAAUAACUUAUGCAAUAUUGGAACUGUUAACACAAAUGGUACUGGAUGGAACCCGCUGGCUCAGAUGGAGGAGGAAAAACGAGAACAUGAAUCGAAGAUGAAAAAGAUGGAAGCCGAAAUGGAGCAGGUAUUUGAGAUGAAGGUGAAGGAGAAGAAACAGAAAUUGAAAGAUUCCGAAGCCGAACUGACCAGACGUCACGAGGAGAGAAAGAAGGCUCUCGAGCUUCAAAUACGCGAACUGGAGGAUCGCAGAAAGGCCUUUGAGCUAGAGAAAGCGGAAUGGGAACAGCAGAACGGAGUCACACUUGACGAGCUGCGCCGCAAGAGCCUGGAAGCGAAUAGUAAAGAGACCGCGUCUCUUGCAUCAAGAAGUUCCGAUGAGUCGAAGGGCAGGCGCGUCUUUGGAUCGUUGCUGCGUCGGCACACUAGCUUCGGAGCACCGGACGCCGUACGCGGCGUUACCGGUGCGGCCGGUUCGACUUCCACUCUCACUUCUAGCGCUAACAAUAACAGCAGCACAGUGCCACCCAGUCCGCAAGAACAUAACGAAUCGUAA